AUGGAGAAGAGGCUGGCAUCAGCCAAGGUGGUCCUUGAGCCUCGCCUCGAUCUUGGCAAGACUCGGGUCCUCCUGAAACGGCAGCCUUCUGCGGUCUCAGUGUGCAAGCCAGUCUCAGCCAAGGAAGAUAUGAUCAGCAAUGCAGAUGGAGACGUGAACGUCCUCAUCCGCAAGACGCUCAGGAAGGUGGAGAGCCCGUUGCCGCUCCUCAUGGUUCUGCAGCUCAACAUUGCAGAGGCCCAGCAGCAGGGUGAUGGCGACAAGCUUCGUGUCAUGAUGCACAUCAGCACGGUCAUGCAGGAGGAGCUGGAGAAGAAGGCUUCCAGGGUCAAGGCCAUGCUCAACAAGCUCCUUAGGAUCGAAGACGAGAACAUCCGGAACAACAUCCUAAAAGAUCAGCUUACGCCUGUGGAGAUUGCAGGCGCGCCGGACCUGGAUGGCAGCGGCGGACAGCUCAUGGCUGCACAGGUACCCUGGGAGCGGCUUGCUCCUGCCAUAGAGAGCCUCGUGAAGGAUGUGGACCGCCAGAUGGUGGCAGUUCUAGGUCCAGACGACAAUGCGCGUUACGAGACCAUGGACCGCAUACGAGAGGUCGCAAAGCAGGCCCGACUGAUCAUCGGCGAUGUCUACGGCCAGGGUCCCAUGGAUCAGUUCAGUGCCGACCUCACGCCUGCAUUCCACACUCUGAUGACCUACAAGGCGCGCGGCCGCCGGAGCCCUGAGGGCGAGGAAGGGGCGGAGGAAGCGGUCGAGGAAGGCGCCAGCCAGGAAGCCCCGGAGUCGUGA